UGGGGGCGGCCGGGUCGGGCGCUCGCCGGGAUCCCAUUCCUCCUUCCUCGGUGCAUGGUCGCGGCGGGAGCGGGGGAGGGCGAGCCCGGCGGGGCGCGGGCCGGAGGCGGCGGGAGCGGAGCCCCAGCGCGGAGGAGCCGCCACUGCCCGGCGGAGGUAUUGCCAGACGUCUGAAGUGGUUGACCAAGACCUAAGGACUUGGAACAGUGCUGCUAUGGAUCUCAAAAACGAAGGGGAAGAACGACCAACAGGAUGGGCAGGCUGAGCUUCUGUAGUUGCUCCAACCUGAGAACACUCAUGUGAUGAGUUUUGGAAAAGAUCAGGUUAGCCAGCAGCUAACAGAGCUAACAGAGCUUUUCUUUGGAGGAAAAGGUGUGUGAUGUCAAACAGUGGGCAGUCCUUGCGGCCUCCCCCGCCAGCCUGCAGUGUCAUGUGCCAGUAUGAAUAUUAAGAAAGAAAAGCGUACUUCAGAGUUCAGCAUCCCAGAAGGAAAAAAGGAGGAACUAAACGGAGAGAACAAAUGACUGCACUGCUUGCAAAACUUGGGGCCGUUCACUUUUUCUCCUGAGAAAUUUCAUCUUGGCCUUUGUGAGAGAGCUGAAAGAGAAGGCAGAGCAGCCGCAGUGAUUUUCCUAAGGUCCUUUUUUUUUCUUUCUUAAUUUAAUUUUUUCCUCCUCACGCCUGGAUUUUAAGACUGCCAGCUGCACUGAUCACAAGCACUGGACAUCAAUAUGUGUCAUGUCAUUGUAACGUGUCGGUCGAUGCUAUGGACUCUCCUGAGUAUUGUGGUGGCUUUCGCAGAGCUCAUCGCUUUCAUGAGCGCAGACUGGCUGAUUGGCAAAGCAAAGCCGUCAAGCUCUGAGGAUGUGGACAACAGAACAGGGGGGUCGCAGGAGCCUUACCAUCCGACGCUGGGCAUCUACGGGCGCUGCACCAGAAUCUCUCACAUGCAGCUUUCUAGACGAGACACGCUUUGUGGUCCUUACGCCGAAAACUUCAAUGAGAUUGCCAGUGGGUUCUGGCAGGCAACCGCUAUUUUCCUAGCUGUGGGAAUCAUGAUUCUCUGUGCCGUGGCGUUUGUGUCUGUCUUUACUAUGUGUGUGCAGAGUAUUAUGAAGAAAAGCAUUUUUAAUGUCUGCGGGCUGCUACAAGGGAUUGCAGGCCUCUUCCUUAUUUUAGGCUUGAUACUUUACCCUGCAGGUUGGGGAUGCCAGAAAGCAAUAAGCUAUUGUGGACCUUACGCUUCUGCUUACAAACUAGGAGACUGCUCCUUGGGCUGGGCCUUCUACACAGCUAUUGGUGGCACUAUUCUGACGUUCAUCUGUGCGGUCUUCUCGGCGCAAGCUGAAAUAGCCACAUCCAGUGACAAAGUGCAGGAAGAAAUAGAAGAAGGAAAAAACCUUAUCUGCCUCCUUUAACUCCAGUGGGGAAAAACACCAGUGCCUGGAUCUUGAUCUGCUUUCCAUUGACUGGACAGGCAGAUCUGCUUACCUGUUGCUACCAUUUGUGUGACUGAGCCCCAUGCAUUCCAGCCCCGAACUACUGAAAUGGUCUUUCUUCC